AUGGCGCCAAGAUCACCUCCUAAGCAAGUUCGAGCCAAAUACUUGAGCGGGACUAGUCUCGCGAUAUGGUGGUUGAAACCUGAAAUAACCAUGCAGGCGACUUAUUACUGCAGGAGGAACCACGAUCUGAAACUGACGGCUUACAAAGUCUACUACACGAGGAACCCUGAACAGGAGAUAAAAGAUUGGUCAAGUCAGCUCGUGGCAAGUUUUUCGGAGGGAAAUUAUCGCAGGUAUGCAACAUUGGAAACUUUUACCCUGCUCUCUGGUUUAGCACCUUUAACCAUCUACACUGUCCGGGUCCAGGCAUACACUACAAACGGGCCCACCCCUCUCUCAUCUCCUCUUCAAGUGAAGACGCAAUACAGAGUAGUACGAGAUGAUCCCAGGGACGUCCCGCUUGCAUAUCAGCGUCCGUGUCCAGCUGUGAAUCAUAUUCGGACAUUCCAGGGAUUCCUUUUAUGGGCCUUCAUGGGGUCGUCCGCAUGA